UUAGAAGUGAAACCUCGUAAGUCGUAAUUUUCCUCAAUUGUGAUAUGGAUGUGUUAAUUUGUAGAAAAAUCAGCUGCUUCGAACUAGAUUAACCUCGUAAAUCAGAAAAAUUAUUUAGUCUGAAAAAUAAGCAAUCUAAAAAUACCUCGUAUGUGAGGUAUCAAGAAGGCACUGCAAAUGAAUGGAGUAACCUCGUAAGUAACAGAGAUCCUGUAUGAAUCUAAUGGUGCAGUCUGUGUCUUGAUGUAGCUGUCUGGUUUUCGUUACAUUUCUAGCCUAUUCAAUCAGAAAAUAUGGAUCCUCUUGAAACCAGCCAACAGAAUCUGAUGGGUGUAGACCUGGAUGAUGAUGGAUGGAUCGAUGAUUGGAUGAGUGAUCUACAUAAUUGCCCUUCUGCUCAAAUAGAAUUAACUGAGAAUGGAACUUCAAGAGCAUCUUUAAUUCCACACAAUUGCAGCUCAAGCCCACACAAAACUUGUGAAAACGUCACUGAGGAAACAUGCAUAAGAGAAGAUGAAACUGCCUAUUAUAAAAUUGUUGACAGUGAAGAUAAUCUCAUCAUGGAUGCUACUACUUUUCUGCCAGUCAAUCCUGAAAUAGAAGCUGACAGACCUUCAAGAACAGCUUCAACCCCAACAAUGACUACUUGUACAAGUAAUUUAGAUGAAGAAAACAGUCGUGAUUGUAACUUUUUGGAAUCUUGUAGUUCUAUUGAAAUUGAACACAGUUACAGUUCAAGUCCAAACAAAACUUGUAAAAAUAAUAACAUCGACAUCAUGGAAGAGAUUAUGAAAGAGCCUGGAACUGGAAAUUGCCAAAUUGUGAUUAAUAAAAAUAAUGAUGUCAUCGUGGAAGAAAGUAUAAAAGAAUCUGAAACUGCCUGUGACCAAAUUUCUUCAUUUCUGCCUCAAGAAACCAAUAUUAAUCUAUGUGAUGAAGAAUAUGGAAGUAAUGAUGAAGCAGCUGCAGAUGAUCCAGAUUAUGUUGUAUCAGAACAAAGCUCUUUAGAUGACAUCAUUGAUGUGAAUCAAGAAGAAUUAAUUGAAAAUAAUGCUUUGGGUAGGUUCAUCAAUAAAAGAAAUAGAAAAGGCCAAGCAAAACGUGAAGAGUGGUUUGAUUCCAAAAAUAAAAAGCUCCGUGAACAAGGGAAACAAUACACUGGAUGGAAAAAAGAAGAAAGUGGGAAAAGUAAAAGAGGAAAAGAGAGAAAAUCAAGAAAAUUAGGACCAAGAUGCCAAGGUAGGGGAUGUCAAAGAUCUGGGAGAACCUGUAAUGAAGUUUCAAAUGAUGAGAGAGAAACUAUUUUCAGAGACUUCUGGACAAAUUUAUCUUGGGGUCAGAAAAAGACCUAUAUUGCCUCAUUGGUGAGCUGUGGAAUGAAGAAGAGUGUCAAGAAUCCAGGAGCAGCUUCAAGGCGGAAGUCAACAUUAACAUACACUGUUAAAACCACAAAUGGUGUAGUUCAUAAAGUUUGUAAACCCUUUUUCUUAAAUACCUUCGCUUUAGGGGAGUGGACAGUCAAGAAUUGGGCAGCAGAUUCCACCAAUGCUGCUCAAGGGCAUGCAAUCACACCUGCAAAAGUAGCUAGACCAAGAAGAGGGCUUGGUGAGAAUAACCCAAGAGCUGCAGCAAAGCUGAAUGAAUUUUUGGACAACAUGCCCAAACUACCAGCUCACUAUUGUAGGAGGGACUCUUCAAAGCUGUAUAUUGAGCCAGUAUUUGGAAACCGAAUGGCAGAUGUCUAUGCAGAAUAUAAAAGGCAGUGUGAAAAUGAUGAAGAACCAAUAAAACCGUUGUCCACAUGCACAUUUUACAAGAUAAUCCAUAGCAAAAAACUAUCAUUUCAGCAGCCAAAAAAAGACAGAUGUGACUUUUGUGUUGCAAAAGAUGCUGGACUAAUCAGUGAAGAAGAUUACAUUGAACAUGUUAAAUUGAAAGAUAGGGCCAGACAAGAAAAAGCUGAUGACAAGCUGAAAGCUGAUGAAGGUUCUCUAUUUGUCAUUAGCCAAGAUGUCCAAGCAGUGAAGGUGUGUCCAAGUUUAAAUGCAUCAGCUCUAUACUUCAAAACAAAAUUAGUCUGUCACAAUUUUUCAAUUUAUGAGAUGAAGUCUCAUUUUGCAAAAUCAUUUUGGUUCAAUGAGACACAAGCUGACUUAUCAGCAUCAACCUUUGCCAGCUGUGUAAUAGACUUUUUAGAGAAUCGGUGGAAUAAAGAUGAGAAGACUCCUAUUGUUAUUUGGAGUGAUGGUUGCACUAGCCAAAAUAGAAAUGUGAUAAUGGCAAAUGCUCUGUUAUCUUUCAGCAAGGAACAUGAUGUUGAAAUACAACAAAAGUUUUUGGAAAAAGGCCAUACUCAGAUGGAAGUGGACUCAAUACAUGCCAUGAUUGAAAACAAAAUCAACAAUCAGCCAAUCCACUUACCAAGUGACUAUAUAAGGCUGGCAGCAUGUGCCAGAUCAAAUCCAAGCCCUAUUGAACAAAAGGAACUCACCUACGACUUUGUGAAAAACUUUGCUAAGGCAGACCUAUUGAUGUAUGAUAGUAUUAGACCUGGUAGAAAACCAGGUGAUCCUGUGGUGACAGAUAUAAGAGUGAUUCGCUACAAAGAUGGUGAGAUUUCAGUCAAAACAAAAUCAUUUGAUAAUGAAUUUCUUGCUAUUCCUCAAAGAAAACGGAGGAACACUGUUGCUAAAUUAGCUCAAUUCAAACAACUACACAAAGAACCACUAAAAAUAACAAAAACUAAAUGGACCCACUUGCAGCAACUUAAAUCAGUGAUACCUACAGACUGCCAUCCAUUCUAUGAUACUAUAGCUUAUGAAUAAAUUAGAUAAGGGCUUUCAUCUUUGAAAUUUUAUUUUGAUAAGUUUUUUUUACUGAUAAUGGCAUGUAUGGAGUCCACUUCCAUCUGAAUUGUUGGCCCUAUCUAUGACUUAUUUACUAUUAUUUCUAUUUUUAUUACUUGUUACUAUAAUAUUAAUUAAUAAUAGACAUACUUCAUUUGACAUUGAUGACAUGCUCUCUUUUUCAUUUUAAUUCGAUUUUUUGCAAGAAUUCAUUAAUUUUGGUUAUUGUAUGAGGCCUAUAAAUAACCACCAUUGAAGUCUGCUGAAGUUUUGUUUUGUCCAAUCAUGAAACAAGCAUUUUAC